AUGUGCAAGUUGUUGAUUGUGUGUCGAGUUGAGUUUACAAAUAUAAAGUGCGAGGCGGUGGAUAAGGAAUUUUGCACUUUUGAAUAUUGCCGUCUAAAGUCGGUCAACCGGACAUACAAGUAUAUUUCCUUGAAAGCCAGAAUCCUGCAGUUACCGAUAACCAAUGCCAAGGUAAAUGGUGCACUGUACCAACGACUCAAUGGAUACAAGCCCUUUCUGUACAAUAUUACAUUGGAUUGUUGCAAGUUCUUCAAGAAUCAGAAGUCCAAUCCCGUUGCUAGUUUCUUUUACGACACCUUCAAAGAAUUUUCCAACGUUAAUCAUUCCUGUCCUUUCAAUCAUGAUAUAGUACUGGAUAAACUAACUGCAGAGUCUAUAAAUCACCGUGUGACUAAUAUUCUACCUUUUCCGGAGGGACAGUAUAUGUUCAAAUUAAACUGGAAUGUUUCUGGCAUCAACCGAAUGCGCUCAGCAGGUCGCUGCGAUGCCUUCGAGCUGGUGCUGCCGCCGGUGCUGAUGAUGAUGAAGUUGCUGCCGCUCCCGGUCCGCUGCUUUAGCUGCUGA